AUGAGAAACAUUAGCUUGGGGUUGGAGGACUACUUCAUGAUAAUUGCGACGUGCAUGGUGACAGUCUCAACUGUGGUUGUGAUCCUAAGUAUGACACCCAUUCUGACUGUAACAACAGAGAUAACAUGCUCACAAAAUUUGCGCUCAGCGGUAACAAAUGGAGGCGUCGGGCUACAUGCAACCCAGGUCACUCUUUCAGAUAUCGAGUUCAACCUCAAGAUGAUUAUCGUCUGUCAGGCUCUCUAUGGAACAGGUCUCGCCCUCGUCAAAACAUCCAUGAUGAUCCUCUACCAUAAGCUCUUCGGCACAAAAUCCAGUAUGCGAAUUGCCAUUUACGCCACCGGCGCCAUUGUGUGGGCUUGGGCGCUGAGUAUAAUUCUUGAAUCCUUUUUUCUUUGCCAUCCUGUCGAAUACAACUGGAAUCCAAUGCUACAGGGUGGCGGAUGCGGGAAUCGCAACGCGGCCUUCGUGGUGGCCGGAGUGCUCAAUAUGUUCACCGAUUUGCUAGUCAUGUCGCUUCCAAUCCCAUAUAUCUGGAAGCUACAGCUACCAGUGGGGCGGAGGAUUGGUUUAUCAGUGGCAUUCUCUCUAGGACUCUUCGUCAGCGCAAUAAGUAUGGUCCGGGUCGUCAGUCUUAUGCACAUCAACUUCAAAGACGUCACAUACACUCUCCCCAUUCCUUUGAUGUGGAGCAUUGUCGAAGAACAACUCGCCAUCGUCACGGCCAACCUACCCCUUCUCCGCCGGGUAUUCUCCUCUUUGCUUUCAGGAAAUUGGCUUGGCUCGUCAUCUGGCGGGAUGGGAACACCAUCAGGGGAGAUAAAUGGUGUGAAGCGCUCGACGCAGAAUUACUCUCUCACUCGCGUGGAUGUCGGUGCCAAUCGAAGUGUUAUCACAUCACAUAACACCAAUUCUCCGAAUCUAAACAACACGAGGUGGAGUGAUGACGGGCAAUCGGAUACAGAAUUGGCGGCAAAUGGGAUGCCUCCUGAUGGUAUUCAAAUGUGGAAGGAAUUUCGGGUUGACUCGAAUAGAUAA